AAUUGACUCAAAUUAUUUUUCAUACGUUUGAAUUUUAUUCGUCCUUUGUUAGUUCUUAACUAGAAAUUACUUAUUUAAAAUUUAAUAUAAUCAUUAGUGAUGUCAUAUCAAUUGUAUAGAAAUACCACGAUCGGAAAUACUCUACAAGAAAGCCUUGACGAAUUGAUACAGUAUGGACAAAUAACGCCAGCGUUAGCAGUGAGAGUUUUGUUACAAUUCGAUAAGUCCAUCAACCAGGCGCUAUCUAACAGGGUGAAGUCAAGACUUACCUUCAAAGCAGGAAAAUUAAAUACAUACAGGUUUUGUGAUAAUGUAUGGACAUUCAUGUUGAAUGAUGUAGAAUUUCGGGAAGUACAAGAAGUUGCAAAAGUAGAUAAAGUAAAAAUUGUAGCGUGUGAUGGUAAAAAUGUCGAAGACCGAAAGUAACCUUCGGGGACUCGCACACUAGGUUUAAUUGUUACUCUAUUCUUUGA